AUGGCCGAUCAGUAUCACUGGUCAGACGAGGAGUACGAGAUGGCCAAAUACCUCGUUGACGACGUGUCGCCCUAUACUCUCCAUACGACCAUGUUCCGGCAGACACUCCGAGAACAGGCUAGUGAUGAGCAGCAGCAGUACUGGCUUCCUAAGCAUGGUCGAUGGGAGGUGAUAGGGGCUUAUGCACAGACAGAAAUGGGCCACGGGAGCAAUGUGCGAGGUAUCGAAACUGAAGCUCGAUGGGACCCGGUGACUAAGACAUUCAUCCUCCACAGCCCGACCUUGACAGCAAGUAAAUGGUGGAACGGGUCACUGGGUCGCACGGCUACCCAUGCAAUUGUAGUAGCUCAGUUGCUGGUCCCCAAGAAAACUGCUGCCAAGCAUUCAGUGGAAUAUGAAAGAUUGGGCCCUCACCAUUUUGUCGUACAAGUUCGAGACAAGGUAACACAUCAGCCUUUGGAUGGAAUUGUCGUCGGAGACAUAGGGCCAAAGUAUGGCUACGCACCCAUGGACAAUGCGUUCAUGCUCUUCAAGCAUCACAGAAUUCCACAUGCUACCAUGUUGAGCCGAUAUGCCAAAUUAGAUCCUCAAUCUAGUAUUUACACAAAACCAGACGCUCCCAACGUCGUGUAUGGUUCACUCACUGAGGCUCGGUCACGAAUCGUGCAUCACGCCAGGCUGGUUCUAGCACGCGCCGUUACGGUCGCAGUUCGCUACACUACCAUCAGGCGACAGUUCAAGGAUAAAGACGAGCAAUCAGAGGCACCUGAAACCUCUGUUAUCAAUUAUUCAACGGUGCAAAUUCGUAUCUUUCCGCUGCUUGCCACCGUGUUCGCUUUGCAUUUCACAGGUCAGGCCAUGAAGGAAACUUUCUUUUCUAACCGGGAGAGAAUUGCGCAAAAUGACUUUAGUGGAAUGGCAGAGUUGCACAGCUUGUCAUCUGGCCUCAAGAGCCUGUGCACUGACCUAGCAGCUAACGGUAUUGAGACAUGCAGGCGAGCAAUGGGAGGACAUGGGUACGGAGGCUACAGCGGGCUAGUACAACUCAAUGCUGAUUAUUUGUCGAAGCCUACUGUUGAGGGGGAUAACUGGAUGAUCACCCAGCAGGUAGCCCGAUACCUCAUGAAAGUCGCCAAGAAAACCACGGAGAUGCAAGAGACUAAACAAGACACAAGAGCUGAGAGAUUGCUCAAAAAGUACCAGGUGUCACAGAGUGGAGACAGCUUUAGCAUCCUGAACGACCACUCUGCGCUGGCGGACGCUUUUGAACAUCGAGCCGCUCGGAUGACGUUCCGGGUCUAUGAAGAGAAAGUCAAACAAGGCCGAUCGGAGAACGAGAUGCUUAUAAAGAUGCACCAGUUGUCCCAUGCUUAUUCCUAUUGUAUUUUGAUUCGAAACUUCCAUGACCAGAUAACCAACCUGCAGAAUUUCGGACAGGAAACAAUCGAUGUGAUGUGGGACUUGUACACGCUAUUUGCUCUCUUCACGAUGCAGAACAAUGCUCUUGAGUUCAUUCAAACUGGGACUGUAUCACUCAAUCAACUCAAUGAGGUGCCGGAUCGAAUUUUCGAACUGAUGAAGCGCAUACGGCCCCAUGCCGUUCGCUUAGUUGAUGUGUGGGCUCUACCGGAUUAUCUCCUCGAUAGCUCACUGGGUCGUUAUGACGGUCGUGUAUACGAGGACAUGUUUCAUCGCGCUCAUGAUCUCAAUCCCUUAAACCGCAUUACCGUCAACCCCGACUACAAGAAUCCAGAACUUGUGCUAGGUUCCGGGGAUGGUGAUGCUAUCCUUGCUAAAUUGUAG